UUGCCGAAAAAACAUAUUACUAGUGUAAAAAGUAGCAUUUUGUGUGUGUGUCUCGCAGGUGGAAAUAGUUAUAUUUUGAUAUAAACGAUGACUGAGGGAUUUUUCGAAAGGCCCAAGCUGCCCUGCGGCGGCGGUAUCACGCCCAGACCCAUCUACCAGAAACUAAUGAUCGAAAACCUGACCAUUAUCAGGCCUCCAAUCCUGAAGAUUUUUUAUUGGGAGAACUUUGAUAUUUCGGGAUUAAAUAGAAAGUUACGCUCGAACCGCGCAGAACAUGAACACAUUAUUGCCGUGCCCGUACGCCAGAUCCACAGUCAGCCCCUGAAGAUGAUUUUCUGGAUGCGGAAUCUCUCUGACAAGGAACUAGAACUUUCUUUGAAGCGUCUACAAAACUGUCAGUGCCAACCACUGCAGACACGAGUGGGAUUCAACCAGUUCCGCCAACUCUUCCACUGCCCUCAUCGACGGCUGCUCCAAGUGAAUCAGGAGGCCAUGAAAAUCAAGCCCGAUGAAGUCGUGGCCCUUACGGUUACGGCCUACUUUUUCCUUUACGGUGAGCAUUUGCUCACCUAUGAGGUCAGCACUGGCGAUCACCGGAAGUUCCUUUGGCAUUUCAAGCUAGAGAUCUCGGCCUUUGACCCCGAGAAAUGCCUUCUCACGAAGGAACUCAUUCCGGUGAACAUAAGAAACUACUACCAUGUGACCCAACCUAUUUGGGUGCAGAACAUCACUAUGCAGCACCUGACAUUUUCUUUUUCUUCGAGGGAUCGUGGUAUGAAGCUGCUCAACAUGAGUCUCACCGUUCCGAGGCAAAGCGUGUGGCCUCUAUUGGUGGACUAUCGACCUUUGGACUACGAAAAUGAGGCAGAAGUUCUGCUUUCCUUCGAAAACGCCAAGGCUCGCUAUAAAAUCAAGGCUCGGGGCGUCCUGGCAGAUGACAAGGAGGAAACGGAUAUGCCUUUAAAGGAGCGGGAGUGUGUCGACUUCCUGCAUGUCAUCUAUCCCAACCGCGUCAGUUUCGAGGUCUGCCUGCGGGAGGAUCGAACUCAGCUUGUGAAUGUCCACAACUACGGACAAAAAUGUAUGGAGUUCCGCUGGCAGAGCUACAUCAUCAACGAAUUCUUCUCGGUGGUCUUCAAUCCGCCCACAUUCCGGCUGAAGGGUCACCACUCGAAGCUCUGUGAGAUCAAGGUGUCCGUUUUCGACCGCCUGGUGCAUUUCCGGCGCAUUCCUAUUGUGCUGGAAGUGCACCGCAUUCUGGACCGCGCCACCCUGAUCGCCAAGGCGGAGCUGGAGGAGAUCGAGUCCAUUGACGAUCCCAAGUGGAAGGAGGAUAGCUACGUGGAGCACGUUUAUCUACAUCUAAACAUCCGCACCAUUGUGAAGCCCGCUUCGGAGGCCAGCGAUGAGUUGGACGCUGCCGAUAAGAUUGAUCCCACCGCCGGCCCAGUGCCCUGCAGCCAGUUUGGUCAUGGCAGUGGGUUGCCUCCCGGAUCGGUGUCCUCACCAGCAGCUGGAGCCGGAGGGGAUGGACCUCCGCCAGCGCCAGUGCUGUCGCCAGCCAUGAUCGAGGAGCAGCGAAAGGAGGCGGAGCGCAAGGAGACCAUCUCCCGGCUAAUGGCCAAGAACAAACUCAGUUCCAACGAGGUCAUAGAGCUGAGCAUGGCCAUUGACCAGCGAAUCACCAUCUUCGAGAAGCUCUUCUGGAAAUAUCUCAGCAAGUCCAAAUUCAUGCGCAUCAAUCCGGAGCGGAAGCGGGUCAAGGCUGUGAAGACAUAUGAGCAGGUGAUUGCCUCCGAUAUAGAGCAGAAUCCGGACAAUAAUUCAGAAACCGAUAGAAACCACAUUAUUGAAAUUGUUUCCCGUUUAAUGCAGGAAGCCAUAAACGACCUGGCCAAGAACUGGGUCUUCAUUCCGGCGCAGUACUACGACCGCCAUCCUUAAGUGUUCCCACCGUUAACUAAAUGCAUUGCACCACCA